GGAACGAACACUGAGCCGUUUGGUGGAAGACAUCAUCUCCGUGGUCCAGUGGGCUACGAAAGGCCAGUGGUCCAGAGCUGAAGAACUCCACGAGAAGGUCAUGACUCAAGUCACCUCGAGGCUGGGUCAGGAGGAAAUCAGCUCGGAUCAACAGAAAAGAUAUCGCGAAUGCAGCCGGCGAUGUUCACAGAUACUGGCCUCAGGCUUGACCAUGCAGGGUCGCUGGGAACAAGCAGAAACAGUCUUGAGAGAGCUCUUGCAAGUAGAGCAACAGAGGCUGACACAGGUUCCUGUGGAAGCAGAGGUCAUUGACCUGGUAAAUGGCAUGACACACCUUGCUACCCUCCUUCAGAAGCGAGGAAAACUGCAGGAAGGUCAGCAGAUACACAGAGAAACCAGCAAAAUUACAUGCGAGUACUUUGGAAAUGUCCACCCGCACACUCUAAGCACCAGAAACAAUCUUGCAGUUCUGCUGUCAGAGCAAGGCAAGUGGCAGGAAGCUGAGGAGAUGCACAGAAGUGUGCUGGAAACUAGGCUGCAGGUCCUUGGAAAAUGGCAUGCGGACACUUUGAGCAGCACCAGCAAUUUAGCCUUGGUUCUUCGCGAACUGGGCAGGUGGCACGAAGCGGAGGAAAUGCACCGAGAAGUGCUCGAAGCUCGGCAGCGCGUGCUUGGGAAGGAUCACCAUGACAGGCUGCGCAGCUUGAACAACUUGGCAACUGUCCUCCAAGAACGGGGCAAGUGGCAGCAAGCUGAGGAAAUGCACAGGGAAGCCUUAGAAGGAAUGCGCCUAGUUCUUGGACCUGACCACCAGGACACUCUGAGCAGCAUGACCAACCUUGCGAAUGUUCUUCAAAAACAAGGAAGAUAGCAAGGAGCCGAAGAGAUGCACAGAGAAGUUCUGGCAGCAAGACGGCGGCUUCUUGGAGAGGAGCACCCUGACUUGCUCAGAAGCUUGAACAAUCUUGCCACUGUCCUCCAAGAACAAGGCAAGUGGCAGGAAGCUGAAGAGAUGCAAAGACAAGCGCUGGCAGGAAUGCGCAGAGUCGUUGGACAGGACCACCCUGACACCCUCAGGAGCAUGGACCACCUUGCGACUGUCCUUCGUGAACUUGGUAAGUGGCAGGAGGCCGAAGAAACGCACAGCGAAGUGCUGAAGGCAAGGCGGCGACUGCUCGGAGAGGAGCAUCCACAUACCCUGAGCAGCAUGAACAACCUUGCAAAUGUCCUUCAAGCAGAAGGCAGGUGGCGUGAAGCCGAGGAGAUGCACAGGGAAGUGCUGGAAGGCAGGCGCCGAGUUCUUGGAGAAGACCAUCCUGACACUUUGGGUAGCAUGAACAAUCUGGGUAGUGUUGUGUCAGCCCGAGAUCGAGAGGAUUGGCAGUUCCGGUUUUCAUUGAAGGAUGAUUCUCAUCGCAGCCGACUGGAAGAUGCCAAAGAGAAGGUGCGGAAAGCCAUUGACGCUUUGAAGUUGCGAGUGGAUGCUGACCACCCAGACUUGGUGAGACGUCGCAGGCUGUUGGCAGAGCUCCUGGUUCAGACCAAUGAGCCAAGUUCUUUGCAAGAGGCCGAGGAUUUGCUGCGCCAAGUCGUUCCUGCCUGUAGUGGCAGGUACGGUCCUGAGCAUCGCUGGACCCAAGAAGCCACGAUGAAUUUGGUCUUUGUGCUUGAAGAGCAAGGGAAAGAUGCUGAGGAAUGGCGACAGCACCUUGUUCCCAUCGAGCAAGGUGCGGACAGCACCACUGUGCCUUCAACGGAGCAAAAUUUUGAUGACAACACGUUUGGGGCAGAUCGGGAGGCCUUGGAUGAUCCUGCAUGGUUGCAAGACGUUCUUCAGCAAAAGCUGAAGAUCAUGGGCAAGCAGUACGAGUUUGGCCGUUUGAGUUCAAAUUUAACCAACAAGAGUGCAGUAGAUGGAACAGAUGCAGCUGCAGCAAGUGAAGCUGGCAGCCACGCAGCGCAUGCAACAUGCGCCGGGACCUUGGAGGCGAAGGAAACAAUUCAGAACAGGGAAAAGAUGGAAAAGGAAUCCACGAAUCGAAAAGCACAAGAUAUUUCCGAGACACAGCUGUCGAAGGAGAAAGAUUUGGAACAAACGAACUUCUCCCAACACCAAAAAGGCAAUGUGCCCAAUCCAGAGAUUCGCGAGAAGCUUUUGGCCGGGUGCACCGACAACCUUUGCUUCCUAAUAAGGCAACCUGAAGAGUUGGCCAAACUUAAUCUCAUCAGAGAUUCAGGCUUUCAGAGACAGGUGCAAGAGUUUCUGGUUGAUCCAGAUUUUUUGUGGAGUUCCCUUGCAGUAGUCAAGAUGCCAGCUUAUCAAAAGAGCGCAAACUACGGCAUUUCUGGCCAUGACUCCGAUGUUCUGGGUGUCAUUGUAAUCAGAUCAUCCAAUGGCUCGCCAUUGAGGAUUUCUGUUGGCAUUUGGCUGCAAAAAGACGAUUUUAGCUUGAUUCGCCGCAUUAUUUCCCAGGUGGUGCUGCAGGUGUUUGGUGCAAACCCAAUGCACAGAAACCACGAUGUUCGAAGAAAUCGCUUCACACUGGAAAGAGUUGACGAGACAACUCCGAUUGAAGCGCAGAUUACUUUCUUUCAGGAUGAGAGACCACAGCCAGAACAGGAUCUUAUUGAUCUCACGGAUGCCUUGAGCAGACACGACCUGAAAUUGCUACAGCAAGUGUUUCGGAGCUCCAAUCUGAAACUCACUGGAUUAGAAAAAGAUUUUGUCAACUUUGCACACUAUGUAGCCCAGCGGUUCAAGUCGCGCCCUCAGGUUCCAAAAUGUUUGAAGUUAGCCAAGGAUUUUGUUGCCACUUGGCUUCCUGGCAAUUUGUUCAAAUGUACCAUCUCCCAACACUUGGGUUUCUUGCAUGUUCCUGAAUUUCGGAAAGAGCUCGAUGGUCACAUCGUCGUUCUGCUCCCCUCACACGACCGGUCUGGGGAAUUGCUGGUACGGGAUCAUGUGGAGCUGCUGGUGACACCUGUAGACAAUCGAAAGCGUGGUAUCUACAAAGUUCCCAGAACAGUGUUGCAUCCCCUUGAUUUUGAUGGGAAAGAGAAGAAGUUGGGGGAUGUGCGGCCCUUGCAACCACCUGUGCUGAAGAAGGUUUCACUAGAGCCCAUCGGGCGGACUAGCCCACAUACUUAUCCUUAUCCUGUUAGCCUUAGUCGCUUGCAUGACAAGACGCAUCUUGAACCUUUAGAACAGUAUUUGAAGGGCAAAUACAAAUACAGAGUGCUCGUCAAGUCCGGAGAGACUUGGGAAGAAGCACGUCUUUGCCCAGAGGUUGUUGGUGCAAAAACCUGCUUGGUCGAAUUUGAAUACCGCCGAAUGAAACUUGUGGAGGCUUCUGACUUGAGGUUGGCUAGAAGUCUGCGCAGCCCCAUUUUUUUGACAGAUGGACAGGAGGCAGCCACAGUGGCACAGUCUGCGCAGUCCGCAAACACAGCGAACACCAAAGGCACUGGGACAGGCACUGCGACAGGCACUACAGGUCUCAGGUCGAGUGACUUUUCUUUGUCCAAGCAGCCGUGAGCUGCCCUGAGGCAGACGCCAUGCUCUGUAGCAGAAAAAUGCUGGUGCUUUUCAUUGUCUUUCAUUCCUUUUCUGUCUUGUGAUGCGAGGGUCUGGCAACAUAUGGCUGCUAUGGGUAAAGAUCAACCUCCUAGGUAAAAACAGGACUCACGUCUUGUGCCAGGUCAAGUUUGUGCCAGUUACCGUACCUUCGAGGCUUUGCAAGUCCUGUGUGGCCUUGGAAGUGGCAAUCGGCAGCAGAGUUAACGAAAAACGUCGUUUCUAUGCAGGAUAUGGCCCAAGAAUGCCCAAGAUAUGUGUUGCUUAGCGGAGAACCCCAGGCUGUGGAGCACAUUGGAUCGUGGUGAACGUUUCUGAACGUUUCUGACCUUCAAGGAACCAGUUGGACCCAGUUGGGGUUUGGAGCCCCCCGUCCUGCGGGAAAAA